GCUUCACCCGGGCUCUGGGAGCUGCCUCCGCGGAUCGCCUCACUGAGCAGUGGCGGCGCUGCGUCCGUGGCCAAAGUUAGUGCAGGGAGCAGUCACACUCACACAGCUGUGUUUUGAGUCUGUGUGAGGAUAGUAAGCGUCAUUAAACCUCUGAGGGUCCUGGUCUGUGCCCCAGCACGCAGCGGUUACCUCGGUCUGAGAGAUGAUGAAACUUUGCCUGGUUUUGGGAUUAAUCUCUAUCUCCAGUGCUUUAAGGAAGAGACGUCAGACUGAUUACUGGGGACCCUGGGGAGAGUGGGGAGAGUGCAGCCGGACGUGUGGGAUUGGGGUGACAUUCCGAGAUCGUCAUUGUUAUUCUUAUCGGAGGGAUGGAGGAAGCAGUUGUGUUGGCCCUUUCCGAAGCUACCGUUCUUGCAACAUUCAGGAUUGUCCUGAGGGUUCGAGAGAUUUCCGGGAGGAGCAGUGUUCUGCCUUCGAUGGAACAGACUUCCAGGGGAAGCACUACAAAUGGCUGCCGUAUUACGGAGCUGCGAAUAAGUGUGAGCUGAACUGCAUCCCCCAGGGUGAAAACUUUUAUUACCGACACAAAGAGGCGGUCAAAGAUGGCACGCUGUGUGAACCAGGAAGUCGUAAUGUCUGUGUUGAUGGUGUCUGCAAGACAGUUGGUUGUGACAAUAUGCUGGAAUCAUCACAAGUUGAAGACAAAUGCCUGGAAUGCGGGGGAGAUGGCAGCAGCUGCUAUGUAGUCAAGGGAACGUUUACUGCUGCUGACUUGUCUAUAGGGUACAACCAAAUCCACAUCAUUCCCAUCGGGGCUAUGAGUAUUCGUAUCCAAGAAGUAGUACCCACAAGAAACUUCCUCGAGCGAUGGACCCUGCUCUUCUUCGUCACCGUGGCUGCCUUCUGGAAUGGGAAGGAGUAACGUAGGUCGGCCCAGGAUACAGGCUCGGGAGCAGGGAGCAGGACCCAGGUCCAGGUGCAGGCUGUGGACGCCCAGGAGCACCCAGCUCAGACAGAGCUCACAGCCACAAAGGCCCCUCAGUAUGUGUCCAGCCCACAGGAGGAGCGCCAUUCCCAUGCCUGACUUUAUUUCCUGGGGAGGAUUAAGGAGCUGUGUCAAAUCAGACUUCGUAUAUUAUUCUGUGACACUGGGAUGAAUUGUGUCGGAUGCUGGAGUGGGAAGCCAUCCUGUUCCAGUGGCUUGGAAGGUGACAGCUGAAUUCUCUGUGACUCACCCCUUCCAGGGAACGGCUGGAGACCUGUGUGUGAUCUCUCAGUUGUGUACCCCCACAAAUACGUCAGGGCAGUGACUGAUGCCAUCUGUGCAAGAUCACUCUGGAUCACCCAUGGCAAGGACUUCCAGAAGGUGUUCAACAAGGUACCUCACAAAAAGGUUGUGCCAUAAGAUAAGAGCCCAUGGUAUUGGAGAUAGUAUUUUGGCAAGGAUAGAAAUUUGA